UAGACUAAACUUUGCAACAUGGCGACAGAUCUCACUGAUGAGGUGGAGGCGAUGGAAAAGACGAACCAAACUUCACAUCCCGGAUUUAGCAACGAGAAGUAUUCUUUGCUUGUCAUAGUCGGGGAGCACAGCCGGGCGGGAUCUGUGGAUUUCGUAGUUGCAGAGAUUGAACGAGGUGUGCGCUCGUGGGAUGUGGAGCUGAUCUGUAAUCUGGACGAGCAGCUCAAGCUCUUCAUCUCCAGGCACUCCGCCUUGUUCUCCGACCAGGUCAAAGGACAGAGGACUCUACAGCACAGCGGGGAUGUCCUGGACACGCAGGUGCUUGUAAAUCCGUCCCAAGCUGUGGUUUCCUCUGAGGUCCGGAGGCUUAUCUCUGAUGUGUCGCGCCACAAGCUGCUGAUUCUUGCAGGCCAGUGUGUGGAGCGGUCAGGUGACCUUGUGCUGCAAACCGGCAGCUUUUCUCUCGAUGACUUCAUCCAGAUAUUUGCAGAUGAGGAGAUCGGUGAGCUGCUGAGUUCUGCAGACCCAACACAGAAAGCAACUCUGACCCUGAGCUGCCCCAGCACAGGCACAUGGAAGAACUCAGUGCUGGAGAAGCACAACCUGCAGGACUUCAUCGAGAUCAAGAUCAACCCCACCGCCACACUGCCCGAGAUGGAGGGCCUGCAGGAGUUCACGGAGUACCUCUCUGAGUCCCUGGAGCCGCAGCCGCCCUUCGAGCUCCUCGAACCUCCGAGCACCGUCGGCUUCCUCAAGCUCUCCCGCCCCUGCUGCUAUAUCUUCCCAGGGGGCCGAGGGGACUCUGCCUUUUUCGCCGUUAAUGGAUUUAAUGUCCUGGUGAACGGAGGAUCCGAUUCACGCUCCUGCUUCUGGAAGUUGGUCAGGCAUUUGGACCGGGUAGACUCCAUAUUGCUCACACACAUUGGCGUAGACAACCUGCCCGGUGUGAACAGCCUCCUCCAGAGGAAAGCAGCUGAGCUUGAGGAGGAGAAGCAGGGCAAUGGCUCCCAGGGCAAUGAGGACUGGAUGAAAAAUUUGAUUUCUCCAGAAAUUGGAGUGGUUUUCCUGAAUUCCCCAGAGAGACUGAAAGCACUCCAAGGUGAUCCCAAAGUACUCCGAAGCUGUGACCAGGCAUCACUCAUCUUACAGCAUCUGGAGAAGCUGUCCAUUACGCCAGAACAUCUCUCACGCUCCAAUGGCCCAACUGUUGAACCGGUCAUCCUCUUCCAGAAGAUGGGGGUCGGCCGGCUCGAGCUGUACGUGUUGAACCCAGUCAAAGGGAGCAAAGACCUGGAGGCCCUCAUGCAGUCUUGGCCAAAUAAUGGUGCCAAUACAAAGGGCUCUGACCUGCCGUUGCCCUGCCUUGCCUCUAUCUGUGCCCUUCUGGUUUGGCAUCCUGCCAGCCCACACGAGAAGAUCAUCCGUGUCCUCUUCCCUGGAUGCACACCCCAGAGCAAAGUUCUGGAAGGGUUCGAAAAACUGAAGCACCUGGACUUCCUCAAACACCCUGUUGUGAGUUUGAAGGACCUUGAGAUGUCCAGGUCAGAUAAACAGCCAAAGCGUGCUGAAAGCAAAGAAAGCCUCAAGUCCCUUCCCAGGGACACAAGACCAGCAAGUGCCUCUAUGAAGGAGAAGUUAGCCCGUACUGAUGUGAAAAAGCUGGACCCUAAGACCAAGACCAAAGCUGCAGGUGAAACCAGUGCGUCUAAGGAUGGUAAGGAUGAGGACAAAGCAAAACCAAGAGACAGUGAGAUGAAACUAAAGCCAUCUAAGGUUGACAAGCCUUUGGCAAAGAAGGAACCUGUGAAGGAUGAAAAGAAAGAAGUGCGUAGUAAGGAAGCCAAGCCACUGACAAGUGUUGCCAAGAAAGAAGAGAGCUUGGAGAAGAAGAGGGAGGUGAAGAAGGACCUGAGUCUAAAACCAAAGAAGGACUUGAAACCUGAGGUGAAGAAAGAAAUUAAGAAAGAAGUCAAACCUGAAGAAAAGAAACCAGCCAAGGCACCUGCCAAGGAUACCAAAAGGGUUUCCACAGCAGGCGCGUCAGCUGCCACUAAGACUACUGUGAAGAACGGCACCCUGAAAAAGGAUCAAGGUACUCUGAAGAAGGAAUCAGCAAAGGGAGCCAAGUCCAAGCCUGACAAGAAAGAUCAGGGAAAUCUGAAGGUCGCAUCCUCCUCAGAGGGGGAAGCGGAUCGCUCCAAAAUGUCCACACCCGAAGACAUGACUGAAGAGUUUGAGAAGUUGAAAUUGGAAAAUGAGCAAGGCUCAGUAAACACUACAACAGGAAGUGAAGCUAAACAGUCCAAGGAAGUGAAUGGUGUAGGAGCCGGCGCUAACGCUGGGGAAUGCCCAGAGAAGUUUCGAUCCAUGGAUUCACUACCCCCUCCCGGCCAGUCAGCAGAUCCCACCUCACCUCUCGCAAGGACCCCAAAGAGUGAGCGCAGCGUCAAUUUUGACCUGACGCCAACCGAGCACCGCAUUGGUCCGGAGGACGGAUGUGUGAGUUCCGAGGAGAAAACUCUGGAGAUGGUCUCCCCUCCAGGCUCAGGUCAGAACAGCGCUGGACACACCCCUUUCCACCAGUCACCUGAAGAUGACGCCCAGGGCUCCAGCGAAGACAGCAGCUUAGGCGGCAAAGUUCCCAGCCUCAGUCUCGAGGACAGCCACGCCCCGGGGUCCAACAAGACGUCAGACGCAGGCUGCUCCAGAAGCAACCUGGAGAACAACUCCACCUCCUCCCAGGACAAGCAGUCAAGCUUCCUGUCUCUCAGCUCCUUCAACAUGAUGGCUGACGCACCCUCCUUCACGUCCUUGCCUGCUGAAGUUGGCUCGCCACAUUCCACAGAGGUGGACGAGUCGUUAUCUGUGUCCUUCGAGCAGGACAUGGGGGACAGGACAUUCUCCAACGGCCACCUGGUGGAUCCUGAUUCCAAGGCGGGCAUGUCUCUACCCCUGAAGGCGUGCCAUAACAUGCGCUCCUCAGGAGACGGGUGUGACGAGAGAGGUUCUGGUCCUCAGGGGCUCCUUGACCUCCCUCCACACGAUGUGGACCUGUGCCUGGUGUCACCCUGCGAGUUCCAGCACCACAAGUCCCCAGAGGGGACGACUCCAGGGCACCACGCCAGCCCUCACGAUCUCUCAGACGAGAGCGACUCGCAGGAGCUGGUGAAGCCUAUGUGCUGCAACAACAACGAUGACCAACGCACACCCCAGGGUGCAGACACACCACCAACGUCCGCCACCGAGUCUCUACCCACGGGCACGGACUCGGACGUGCCCCCGGCCACAGGGGACUGCCCCUCCAUCAGCGAGGAUACCUUGGACACGGACGAGGACGACUCCGGUGACAUUUUCCCACCCCAGCAACCUCACGACCACACCGACCCACACUCCGCCCACCGCAAGGGCCAGCACUCCUCUCUGGACCCCCCUCCUGCCCCCAUGAAGGACCUGCCCCCUCUCCCACCGCAGCCUGGAGCCUGCAUGGCCGACCCCGAGGCCGACACCCAGGCCAAGAAGAGCACUGCAACCGCCAAAGCCAAGAAGCCCGCUAGCGCCACCCAGAGGAUAUCCACAAACAGCAUGGCCGCAGGGAGCAAAGCCAAGAGUGGGUUGGGAGCAGGAGGAGGCACACUGAAGGCCACCUCUAACCUGGACACCAGGCCGGCCUCACGGGGGGGAGCCGUGGGUGGAGCACGGCCAUCUACGGCAAAGUCCUCUUCCUCAGGCUCUGCAGGCUCCAAGGCCUCUGUGGCGCCGGUGUAUUUGGACCUGGCCUACCUGCCCUCGGCUGCAGCAGCGCCCUCUGUGGACGUGGAGUUCUUCCGCCGCCUGCGCUCGUCCUGCUACAUCGUCAGCGGAGACGACCCGCAGAAGGAGGCGGCCAUGAGGAGCAUCCUGGAUGCACUGCUGGAGGGCAAAACCGCAUGGCCUGAUGUGCAGGUGACGCUCAUCCCCACGUUUGACUCGCUGGCGAUGCACGACUGGUACCAGGAGACCCACGAGCGGCAGUGUGAGCUGAGCAUCACCGUCCUGGGCAGCAACAGCACCGUCGCCAUGCAGGACGAGACCUUCCCAGCAUGCAAAGUGGAGUUCUGAGUUGGGAGACACCCUGCGGCACAGAAGGAGAGCUUUUUGUUUUGUAUUGUUUUGAUUAUGUUUUUUUUUUCUUCAUAAAGAUGACCCAGCAGCAUCCCCCUUUUUCAUAAAGAUGACCCAGCAGAUGACCCAGCAGCAUCCCCCUUUUUGCUCCCCCUCCUGCCCCCCACCAGCUGACGGGCUCCAGAUCACACCCCUGUGGGGAGACCCCGUCUACAGACUGCACUCAGGUGCCAAACCGUACACACACCCCCACAGAACCGGCCUCCAUGCUGAUGGUGACUAUUGAAAACAACAGGCAAGGAAACACCUGAAGAUGAUUGAUCUCUGGGAUGGUUCAUCUCUGGUUCAGAUGCUGCUGCUGGGAAGAAAAGAAGGAGAAGGAGAAGUGUGUAGUAGAGAGGCGCUGUGAGGGGAAUGAUCGCCAUGGUGAUGCCCAAGUGAAAUGUACGUUGAGGGAGGAAGGUGAAGGUCGUAGAAUUUCAACCAAGGUCAAUUUCAAGGUCAUUUGAAGUGAUCAGGGUUCUGGUUAUGGGAGAGUAUAAGACUUGAGAGUUCCUCGCUGUAGAAGAGGAGCAGGAUAAGGGAUAUAUUUCAGUCCAUCUAGAAGAGUCGCACCAUUUGCGCCUGGCUUUGCCCUUGAUCUGUUUUGCCCAUUUUAUUUGUCUUGUUGGGACAAAGGGAGACUUGCAUGUGUACAAGACAGAGUUAGUACUUGUACAGGGAUGGCCAUGUUGAAGGUCCCGUACAGAUGGUCUGUAGGGUUUGGGGACGUAGAGAGUUUCUGCACUUCCUGAUUCACGGCAUGUUUCCCGUAGACUUUCACUUGCACAGUCGGUGAUGGCUAGUGUUGCUGAAGCUUUAUCACAAGGCUUUCUCUUUAUAUGCAUGUCUGAAUACCGCUAGAGUACAGCAUAGCCUCCUGUUUGUUCAAGGACUUCUUUUUACAUUUUUUAAAAUCCUCUGCACAAGUAAUCUUGCACAGAAUUAAUUGGACCAGCUUUUUGCUAGGUGGCAUAAAUGUUUACAGUUAGAGAUGCUGACCAAUAUUAAAGUAUUGCAAUACUCCAUACUCCCUCCUGCAUAGGUUUUACACCCCAAGUAGAAGCACAUCCCAAAGUGAGCUCUUUGUCUCCGCUGGUAGAGACUUCAAGAUGGUAGACUUUGUUAGACGUCUUACACUAAGCUAGUUUGAUCACUGGUACUCCUCCACAUGGGAAAGACCACACAUAUACAUAAUGCAAUGAAAGGUUUGACUGUACUGAGAAAAAAGAAAUUGCAUUGUGGGUGUUGUAGUUCGGGUUGGUUCGAUUGGGAAAAACGUAGUGCCUAUAUGUCCAGCAUUUGCACACAAAAGGGGACCUGUCUGUUAAAAUAUCAGCUGCCCCGUUUGAUUUCUAUGGGAUAUAAGGGGUCGCUGUACUUUUGGCCCUGAUGGACGGAUGUGUGUAUGCAUGUUUGGGGUUUAUCUCAAAACACACACCUUGGCUGAUUUCUUCAUUACAAAAACACACUCCAUGGUCUACAGCAGGCCCAUCUACACAAAUCAUGUCAUUGUCUCACUUUAAUCUGUGUCUAUCUGUCUGUCUCUCUGUGUGUGUGUGUCUGUUUGUCUGAUUCCGUCAUGCCACUUGAACGUUAAUCUGUCAGCUUAUAACAUUUCUUCUAUAUUGUUUUUAUUUCAAUUCAAAGUUGGAUUGGCACACAAAAGUAUUUGGUUUAAACCCACUUCGCGGUCAUUUUUAUUGAUCUGAAAGCAGGUGUUUGUAUACCUGACCAUGAGAACAUUCUGUCUUGAAGUGCAUCCUGCAAAGGACCCUGUUUCAUUCACAUCAUUUAUAGUCUGAGGACCACAGUUCAUGAACGUAAUUCCUUCAUAUCCUUUUGUUAUUUAUUUUGAUUUUCUUAAAUUAUUGUCCAUUUUAUACGUUUUCGUCAAUGUAUCUGAACCAGAAAAACUCCAUGUCCACGAUUUCUACUCGUACUACUCCUUCCAACUAACAUUGACAAGUGUGCAUUUGCAUGUUAAUUUUUUAACUUUUGUUUUCACGUUAAUUUUCCUGAAAGCUAGAGCCAUCUUUCAGCCAGUGGCUGCAACUAAAAAAAAAAAAGCGUUUUUUAAAUGAACCACAGUAGCAGAGCAUCACUUGAGUCGGCCACUGCAUGAACUUCCUGAAUUCCCCCUUGGGGAUCAAUAAAGUAUCUAUCUAUCUAUCUAUCUAUCUAUCUGAACCGCUGCCAUGCUCGCAAGCCUCUAAAAGGCAUAGAAGGUUCCAGAAUAGCUUCUCGUCAGUAUGUUAAGGAUGCUGACCAGAAAUGACCGUAAACACCAGCCCUUUAGUCUUUACCCUGGUGUCCAUGACAACCGCCAUCACUGCUCAGAUGCACAGUGGAGUGGUUACUCACAUUUUAAAACUAAGCUUAAAUCUGGCUCCUGUUACCCUCUUGAGGAUGUUGUCUGCUGCAAACAUUCUCACAUUUUGUCCUCCAUUUUCUGUUGACGUGUGUCUCCUUUCAUGUCCAGUAUGCAGCCGACCGGUCAACACUGGUGCACAGGUAGCAGCUCAUGACUGCCCUCUGCUGGAGGAACGGCAUGUGCCACAGAAAGUUUUGGGCAGUCGAGAAAAUUAUUCAAUUACAGUAUUGAAACACUACACUAUUAUUUUUUUCUUCUGAAAUAAAUAUUUCCCUUUUAUAAUAA